AUGCUAAAGCCAGUUUGGAGAAUCGCCAUUGUUUACCUCUUCUCAUGGAUGGGAUACACUGAGUUCAACAACGAAUGCUCAAGCUACGUCGGAACAGAUAUCUACAAGCUCCAGGGACUUGAUUAUGAUGAAGGUGUUCGUUUCGGCCUUAUCAUCAUUGGUGUUUCCUCAAUCCUUGUUAUGAUUUGGUCCUUUAUUCAGGAUAUGGUUAUCAAAUUAAUCAGUCUCAAGCUUUCAUAUGCCCUCUCUCAGAUUAUCGAAGCUGUUUGCCUCAUUCCAAUCUUUUUCAUCCACAACAAAUGGGCAGCUCUUGGUCUUCUUACUCCCCUCGGCAUUGCUUGCUCCGUUUUCAACUCUGUUCCAUAUGCUAUUGUUGGCAUGUGCUCAAAGGAUGAGGAAAUGGGUACACUUAUGGGCAUCCUCAACAUUUUCGUUGUUGUUGGCCAACAACUUGCUAACUGA